AUGCGCCUGCUCGACGGGGAACCGAUUGCGACCACCUUCUGCCGCCGCGCCUGCUUUACGAUCUACAACAUGCUCUACCGCAUCUAUGCCUACUCCAUCGGGCUGUUCGCUCGCCUUCUUGAGUGGCUAGGCUUCCGGUCCGAUCGUGACUCGAGCCCCACGCGCAGCUUGGACACAGAGUGUGCCGGGCCCGUGUCUGCACCCAGCGAGAAUACGGCGCUCUUAAGCCAGCCUGAGGACAACGAACAAAACUAUCUCACCGGUCCCGACCCUCCGUCUCGCUGGAGACCCAGCGCCUAUGAUUACCGCGAGCAGUCUACUCCAUCUACCCCUUCAUUCCAAUCCGCUGCUCGUGUCCCUCUUGCAGGCGAGGACGCCUCGAGCUCGGAGGAGAGUUCGGGCCCGGAGUCGGAGUCUGACGAGCCUCCACCGUUCCUUACUCGCGGCAAAGCUACACGACCAUCAUCAGGAUAUUCACGUCCAUCGGGGCGCGUGCCUUCUACCGCUAAGCCAGUAAGGCCUAUCGCCGGCUCGACCGGUGCGCCCGUUCAGCCCCGCCCACCUCCGCAGCCGCAAUACCCGCGCCCCCAUCACUGA